AUGACGCGUCCUCAGACAAACGACGACUAUCCACAAAGCACCGACCCCGGGAGGCUCCCCGAGCGAGAAGCCUCGUCAGGCAUUUCAGUUCUAAUUGUCGGAGCUGGUGUUGCAGGCUUACUUGCCUGUCUAGAGUGCUGGCGCCAAGGACAUGAGGUUCGAAUUAUCGAAAGGAGCACGUCGCGACUCCUGUCUGGCGACGGCUUCACCAUCGGAGCAAGUGCACUCUGUGCAUUCCGUAAUUGGCCAGACAUGGAAGAUGAAAAUGAGCGCAUUGCAUGCAACAUGUGGUUAUCAUGGCAUAAAAUCACCGGAGAGAGGAUCUCGGGUCCGGCGCCUCUGGAACUGGAACCUAGCAAGGGCAAUCAUGAUGAAAAGGUUCAACCCCCAAAAUUGCACAGGCACAGUCGUCCCAAAUUCCACAAGAUGUUGUCCGACCAGGCCGAAAGAGUUGGGAUCGCGAUUGAGUAUAACAAGCGUGUGACGGCUUACUUUGAAACCGAUGCUACCGAUAAGGCCGGAGUUAUACUUGAUGGUGGCGAAACGAUCGAGGCGGACGUGGUCAUCGCAGCUGAUGGAGUCGGGAGUAAAUCUUCUCAAGUCACGAUGGGACAUGAGAUACGGGCUCGCUCCACUGGCUUCUCGAUUUACAGGGCUGCUUUCCCGGUCGAGCUGGCCAUUGCUGACCCCAUGGUACGGGACAGGUUCCAGUUACUGGAAGAUGGGACAUCCGUUGCAGAGAUGUGGAUGGGAGAGGGCGUGCACGUCAUGUUCGCAAGAAGUGACGAUGAAAUGGUGUUUGCACUGAACUACCCGGAUCAAGAAAAAGAUGGCAUCGAGUCCUGGUCAAAAUUGGUAGACCCGGAAAAGGUCCUUCAGACCACGGCCAAGAUUCCAGGAUGGCCAGAUGUCGCCAACAGGGUGAUCAAAGCGACGCCCAAGGAGUGUCUCCAUGAUUUCAAGCUCAUGUGGAGAGAACCGCAACCUCGCUGGACCUCUUCUGGUGGACGCGUUGUACAAAUCGGCGAUGCUGCGCACACCUUUCUUCCGUCAUCAGGAAAUGGAGGUACACAGGGUAUGGAAGAUGCCAUCUCGUUGGCGGCAUGUUUGCGUAUCGCAGGCAAGGACAAUGUGCCGUGGGCGACUCGGGUUCACAACAAGCUUAGAUUUGAACGUGUCGCCUGCCUUCAGAAAUUAGGCGUAAUCAACCAUGACAUGAGGAAGCGUUCUUCGAAUGCCACUGCCUCACAGGCAAAACCCGUUGGACUGCUGGGCUCGUGGAUCUGGAGCCAUGAUCCAGAGCGGUAUGCGUUUGAAAACUACGACAAGGUGCUGGCUCAUUUGAUGGAUGGGACUCCGUUUCAGAACACGAAUAUUCCACCCAGUCAUGUGUAUAAGCCGUGGACCAUCGACGAACUCCUGCAAGCCAAGGAAAGUGGAAAGGAAAUCGAACUGGAUUGGGACUGG